AUGGUCUAUAUUAUGGGGAUACAGUCGGACGCCCUGGGUGUUAAACCCACGUCCCUGGAUGAGCUGUUUGAGUCCAGUACAUGGAGAAUUAAAAACAUAUGGGAUGGGGUGAAGCUGGAGAUCGCGGCCGGGGAUGGAUGUCCGGUGGUCUUAAAUAGUUUUACGCAUUUGGACCCAGAUCUACCUAUGUUGGAGAGCUCAGUUCAGGAGAUUGGAGAGGAGGUGGAGGACGGUGCCAUCUAUACCAUUACACUCCGAAAGGUGCAGCUCCACCAGACGGCCAGUAAGGGCCAGCGAUGGCUGGGUGUGGAGACAGACUCUGCCCUCAGUCUGUACGAGACGUGCAAGGGUCGAACCAUUAAGGCUGGCACACUGGAGAAACUAGUGGAGUACAUGGUCUUUGCCUUCAAAGGGAAAGACUACACUUACGUCACUAUUUUCCUCUGCACCUACAGAGCAUUUGCCACCACCAAACAAGUGCUAGACCUGCUGCUUAACAGAUAUGCCAAACUGCCAGCCUCAGGCAAGACAAAAGUCUCAGCAGAAGACCACACAGAGCUUAAAAACACUGUGUCAUCUAUCCUGGGUGCCUGGUUAGAUCAAUACUCAGAGGAUUUCUGGAGUCCUCCAGAUCACGAAUGCCUGCAGAGUCUCAUAUCCUACUUACAACUCAACUUCUCUGGAUCGGACCUGGAGAGACGAGCUUUAAACCUGCUGGAGCACUUCCAGCAUCGCCAACAGUGCGAGGUGGAGAUUGAAGGUGACCUGUGCUCCUGCCCCUUUGCCACACCAGAGGAGAGCAGUUUGGAGGAUGAAUUCUCCCCCUCACAUUUCAUGUCCUUCAGUCCUUCUAUAGUUGCUGAGCAGUUAACAGUCAUGGAUGCGGAGCUGUUUAAGAGGGUUGUUCCAUAUCAUUGUUUAGGGGGCAUAUGGUCCCAGAGGGAUAAAAAGGGCAAAGAGCACCUGGCACCAACCAUCCGUGCUACUGUUUCUCAGUUUAACAGUGUGACCAACUGUGUGAUCGCCACCUGCCUGGACAACAGGUCUCUCAGACCUUUCCAAAGAGCGAAGCGCAUUGAACAUUGGAUAGAAGUUGCCAGGAAAUGCCGUAUCCUGAAGAGCUUCUCCUCUCUGAAAGCCAUCCUGUCUGCCUUGCAGAGUAAUGCCAUCCACAGGCUGAGAAGGGCCUGGGAUGAUGUUUCACGGGAAAGCUAUCGAACUUUCCAAGAGCUGUCUGAAAUCUUCUCAGACGACAAUAAUUACUCACUCAGCAGAGAGCUUCUCAUUAAGGAGGGCACCUCUAAAUCUGCCAUAGUCGAGAUAAACCACAAAGGAGCCCAGAGGAGACACCAGCAGCAAAGAGACAUGGGUGUUGUGCAAGGAACGAUUCCAUACCUUGGCACUUUUCUGACUGACCUCGUCAUGUUGGAUACUGCUAUGAAAGACCAUCUGGAGGUCGGACUGAUUAACUUUGAGAAGAGAAGAAAGGAAUUUGAAGUGAUCGCUCAGAUCAAGUUGCUGCAGCUGACCUGCAAUUAUUACAACUUCAGCAGAAACCAGCGCUUUAUUGACUGGUUUAAGAGAGUGGAGAAACUCACAGAGACCGAGAGCUACUCUAUGUCGUGUGAUAUCGAGCCGCCGUCUGAGUCGUUGUGCAAAAAGAAUGGAGGCAUCAUGAAGCGCAUGAGCGAGGAGUCGGGCUACAGCAGCGCUGCGUCACACUCCAAGUCCUUUGAGCAGCCGCGAUUAAGCCAGUUCAAAGACUGCUUUAAAGAUGGAGCUGAUUCCCUCAGCCUCACCUCUGCAGGAUCCAGCGGCUCAGAUGCAGACGAGAGUCUCAGCCUGCUCAACUCUCCUGAAUCGGGCAGUCAGAGACUCUGGGAAUCACCCACCCCAUCAUCUCUGGAGGCGUCUGGAUCAGGCUUGUGUUUAGAGUCAGGCUGCAGCAGCUCCACAUCUUCCUCCUCUUCCUCCUCGUCCUCAGUCUCAGCCUUCACAGGACGGACCUUCAACUUUCACAAGCGCUCAGUCUCUGGCAUCUCAGACUACUCGUCUCUGAGUCUGCCGCUCUACAACCAGCAGGCAAAUGACUGCUGCAUCAUCAGAGUCAGCCUGGACUCAGAAAACGGCAACAUGUACAAAAGUAUCCUGGUCACUAGUCAGGACAAAACCCCUGGGGUCAUUAGGAAAGCCAUGGCCAAACACAACCUGGACAAUGACAAAUCUGAAGACUAUGAAUUGUUACAGAGGGUCUCAAAGCAUAAAGAACUCAGAAUCCCAGAUAAUGGAAACGUUUUCUACGCCAUGAACUCAACUGCCAACUACGACUUCUUGUUGAGAAAGCGUGGCGUCCCAAAAACCUGCCGCUCGAAAAGCUCCCCGAGCCUGACUCUACCACGCAUGAAGCAGAAAGGCUUCAAAAUCCCCAAGAGCUUCUUCU